AUGAGUAAUAAACUUGCACCUGUAACCGAAAGUGAAUAUCAGGAUACAAUUCGACAAAUUUUAACUUUGAAAGUUCAAUAUUUAAAAGAUGUUCUACGGUCUAUUGGGUUGAGACAAUAUAAAACCAAGAAAGAAUUAAGUGAUAGUCUAAUAACUUAUUUGAACCAAGGUCGUAAACAUGAAGAUCAUGUCAGAGCAUUAGCUAUGAGAACUUUAGUCUUAAUGAAAAUUAGUAAUGAAGAAUUACCAAAAUAUAGUGAUUUAUACAACGCAAUAUCACAAGGUAAAUAUAAUGCACCACGAUUUGUUGCAAGUGCAGCUCAAAUUCCCACUGGUCUUCAUGCUAAUGAUUCAAUAGCCUUUCUAGGUCACAAUUUAUACUUUAUUGAAGAUCCAUUUUAUAAGUUGAUCAGAAAAGUACAUGGGAGCCCUCAAAUAUGUCUUCCAAGUAAAGGAAAAACAGUCAAAGAAUUUAGAUUUGUAUUGACUAAAGAAGAAAAUGCUGAACUAGAAAAAGAAGAUCCGGAAAUAAAACUUUAUUUAUUAUGUGGGAAACAAUCACGAGAAGAAGGCUCAAAUUCCCAAAAUUCGCAUGAUGUUGAAGUUGAAUAUCCUCACCAAGUAGAUGUUUGGGUUAAUGGUGAAAGAGUUACUAAAAAUUAUAAAGGACUUAAAAAUAGACCUGGAACCGGAUCCCCAAUUGAUUUAACAAAAAUGGCAUUAGGACCACCAAAAUGUAAUAAAAUACUGUUUGCUUAUGAAAAAACUGAUGAUAAUUUUUACCUUUAUUUAUAUAUUGUUAGAACAGUUCCAUUACAAACUGUUUUUGAAAAAAUUAUAAAAGCACCAAAAAUUAGUAAAAAUCAUGCAAUCGGACUCAUCAAAAAAGAAGACGAUGACGCUGACGGUAUUGUUAUGAACGAUCUAUCAAUUUCAAUGAAAGAUCCAUUUUCAUAUCUAAGAAUUAAGUAUCCAGUCAAAGCUAUCAACUGUAACCACGUUGAAUGUUUUGAUGCGUAUUUUUUCCUAAAUUCUCAGUUACAACAACCAACUUGGGAGUGUCCCUUUUGUCAAAAGAUGCUUGAAAUUCAAGAUUUAGGUAUAUGUGAAUAUUUUCAAGAAAUUUUAGAUAAUACAAGUGAUGACAUUGAGUUUGUAUCAAUUAAAAAAGAUGCUACUUGGAAACCGGUGAUAGAAGCUGAAGAACCUAAAAAGAAAAAACCUACCCUGUCCAGUGUUGAACCAGAAGUAGUGUUACUCAGUGAUUCAGAGGAUGAACAAAUAAAUGAAAAUGUUGGUUUGGCAUCAUUAGCUAAUACACGAAAUUCACCAAAUACUUCUCGUGCUCCAUCUACUGAAAUUGGUUCUAGUAGAAGAGAAAUUUCAGCUCCGGUAACGACAAGUCAGUCACCCCAUUUAGCUACCAUUCAACAACAGCAAACUAGCGAUUUCAUUAGAUCAGCACUUUAUCCACAAUCUCGUCCAUCUUCAUCUCAACCUCAACCGCAACCGAAAGCUAAACUUCAACCUCAACCUCAGCCUCAACCUCAGCUUCAGCAACCUCACAUUCAAGCUCAAGCUCAAGCUCAUAGUCAAACUGAAUCUCAGACUCAACAUCAUCAACCUCAACAUCAACUACCUCAACACCAACUACCUCAACAUCAAGAUUCUCAAAUUCAACCCCAGCCCCAGCAACACCAAUCUCAACAACAACGACCUCAAGUACAAAUACAAGUACAACUCCAAACUGAAGCUCAAGUUCAAGCUAAAGCUCAGACUCAACAACAAUCACAAACUCAAACCCAGGCUCAAACUGCCGGAAAAGAAAUUCAACGGCAACCACAACCACAACCACAACUGCAACUGCAACAACAACUGCAACAACAAUUACAACGACAAUUGCAUCGAAAUCCACAGCUGCCGCAACUACAUCAACAUUAUCAAUUAUCACCAAAUGUUGGGGGUAACAGAAUUUUAGAUAUAUUUUCCAAGCCACCUGCACCGUCUGAUAUUUCACACCAAAAGCAAAAUCCGCAAGCUCUACAUACAGAUCUGCAAGCGCAAAAGACUACAUGCCCACACAUUUCAAAGCCCUCGCAGCAGCAACUUCAAUAUCCUCAACCUCAUAAUUCUCAACCUCAAAACUCCCAACCUCAUAAUUCUCAACCUCAAAGUCCUCAAAAUUCUCAGCAAAUUAACCUCCAGCAACAAGCCCAACUUCAACAACAAGCCCAACGUCAACAACAAGCCCAACGUCAGCAACAUCAACAGCUUCAACAACGUCAACAACGUCAAAUACUACUACUACAACAACAACAACAACAACAACAACAACAACAACAACAACAACAACAACAACAACAACAACAACAACAACCACAACAACCACAACAACACCAACAUCAAGAUCAACAUCAAACGGAGUUACAGAGAAGACAACAAGAAAUUUUUAGACAACGAGAAAAAGAGCGUAGAAUUCAAUCAGAUGGAUCAAUCAAUGGCACUACAAAAAUUUUGACUCAAAAAGUUCCACUCUCAAGAAAUGUUUCAGCGGAUCAAUUAUCUCAAUCAAAAUUAUACCAACAAUCUCAAUCCAUGAAUCAAAGAUCUGUCCAACUGGCUAAUGUACCUACAUCAUUGUUCCAACAAUUUCUUUUAAAUUCCAAUGGAUCAUCACCUACCAUUAGUCCCGUCACUAGUCAUACCUCAGCUCAACCUGAUGUACCUGUUAGACAAAACUCAGAUCAAUCAUCCAGUCAAAAUUCUAACUCCGAGACUUUACUACAAUCAUUACAUGUACCUUCACGAUACCAGCAACAGCAAAUGAAUCAAAGUAGACAUAUAGAAAUGGGUAAACUCAUCCAGCAACAGUAUCAGCAACAACAACCACAACAUCGAAAUUCUUUCAAUACUUUAACUCCUCAGCAGUUCAAACUAUUUAAUGAAAUUGCCAAGCAUCAACAACAGCAACGAGAAAUUAAUGGUACAGCUGUUUCACUUCCUGAAAAUCGUCUUAAUACGACUGAUAAUCCACAAACCAUGGAUGUUAUAGAUAAAAUUUGGGAACAGGGGAUUUCCGAAGCAUCAGAACCAGAGUCUACUACAUUUCACAAUGGAAAUAAUUUAAAUCAUACUCCUCCUAUUUCACAAAGCUCUUUGGUAAUUCUGAAUUCCACGAAUGAAAAUGGUCAAGGUCAAGUUUCACGUUCAACGGUUUCAUCCCGUUCAACUGAAGUUAAUGCACAAUUAAUUACACCACAAAAUGCCGGUUUAGAUCAUAAUAAAUUAAAUCAAAAAUACUCCAACUUAUAUAUAAAAUCAAAACAACCUACAGCUUUGGAAAAUGUGACAAAAUUAAAGAGCUCUCUACUAUCAAGUAUACCGAAUGAAAGUACGUUACCAGGUAAUAAAUCAACUAAUCCAAAUAAACCUACUGAAUCACAACAUCAAGUUUCAGAAAAUUUAACUGCACUUCAAAAAUCCAUUUCUGUUGCAGGCAAGGAUGAGUAUAAUAAUUUACCGCAACACAAUUCGAGCUUGAGGAAAAAUCUGGAUCCUACGGAUGUUUCAGCUGAUCUAAGAGCUACCUCAAAUGUCAACGACAAUAGAUCAUUGGUUCGUGUUAAUAAUGAGAACAACAACAAGCAAGCUCAAUCAACUCACCAAUCAUCAUCUUCAGGUCUUGAAAAUCCUUACCAAAGGGAAUUGGCUAAAACGUUACGUCAAUUUGAUAUAGAGACUAAUACUUUGAAAUUUGGUUUAAUGCAAAUGUAUAGAAACGAACCUAGAUCCAAGAUAGUAUCUUACAUAGCGAAGUUAUCUCAAGAUAGAGAGAAAUUAAGAUCCGAGUUUAUCAAUUCAUAUUUAAAUACUUUUGAAACUGCAAAUAGAUUAAACUCCCUAUUUCAACGUCAAAACUCAAGUUCGAGAAAUUCUGGUACUUUUCAAACUACAACAGCUUCGACGGCGAACACUACAACUUCAGCUACGACAAAAUCUUCACCCGCUACCCCAACUAUAAAUAGACCAGGUUCUCAAUUUACACAAUCUGACGGGGACAUUUUGGGAAUUUUCACUCAUAAAUCUCAUAUGACUCAAAAUAACGGAGAAGAUAACCAUUUUACAACACAAGUUACCAAUAAUAAUACUUUGCAACAACAAACUAAUUCACCUUCAUUUAGUCCCACAACCGAACCUUUACAUACUAAUGCAUCUAAAGCACAAGGUUCAACCUCAUCAAUUCAUUCAGCUCAAAGUUCUCCUCAUUUGUCAGAGACUUCUGCUCCAAAUGCCUCUUCACAAAAACGUUCCAACAUUAUAGCCCCGGCUGAUUUUGGUUCUCCAAUUGGUAUAUCGACACAACUGUCUCCACAAUUAUCGCCAAAUGGUAAUUCCAAUUUGGUUCAAUCGCCAAAUCAACCACUUAAAAUUAGUCUGGCAGUUGUUCAAGAAAAGAAUAAUGGUACUUCAACAUCAUAUACACAUGGCUCCAAAGCAUCAGCUACAAUCCAAGCUAAAGAUUCUUAUUUAUUCAAUGACUCAAUAGAUCUUCCACCUAUUCCACCAGAGAACAGAUCAGAAAAUUCAUCAGUUUUCGAGAAAAAGAAAGAUUCGGAAGAAGUUAAAAAUAAUUCGAAUAUAGAAAGAAGAGCUCUUUUUGAAAUAGAAAAUACGCCGGCAUUAAAGAAACAAAAAGUUUCAAUUUUAGAUUUAGAUUUUGCGACUGGUAAUUUAGACGAAAUCUCAUUUUCAAAAGAAAUUUCACCUGUCAAUGAUAGAAUUGAAAGUCUUCAACUAGAAUCAGAAUGGCUCAAGGAAUUAAAAGGUAGUGAAAAAAGAAUCGAAGAACGAAUUAAGUUAGGAACAAGUAAUGAUGAUCCAAUUGUAAUUGAAGAGGAUUAG